AUGGGUGUCGCUCGUCUUGCGGCUGCUACGGCAGCCUUGUUUUACGACGGAUGGGGGACAGACGCGCAUCUCGUGAAAGGGAUCAGCUAUGGGCCAAUGCCUUGCAAAGGGCCCUGCACCGUCAGCCAGGACGACUUCUUCUCACAGUCCGCGAAACCCAUGUGGGGCCGGAGAGGCCGAGGAGAUCUCGAGGUCAUCCGACAACUUGGUGCGAACAUGGUGCGUCUCUACGGCAACAACCCAGAGAACACGCAUCGUGACUUUCUGGACGAAGCACAGGAGCUCGGCCUGACCGUGGUACCAGGCCUCAGCGAUUACGACUUCAUCCAGAGCCCGGCGAACUGCUUGACCACAGACUUCAACUGCUACAAGCAGGUCAGGGACUCGUACAAGGAGCUGCUGAAAAAUGGCUUCCUGCACGAAGGCACCUGA